GACCCCAUUUGGUACUUCUUCCCAUAAAAGUGGUGAAAAGAAGAAAACGUCUUUACUCAUUUGAAUACUUCCUCCUCGAUUCCAAAGAGAAAAUCUCGACUUUUUGUUUGGAACGACAACCCCCCCCCCAAAGAAGAUUCAGAGGCAAAGAAGACAGGAACGGACUGUAAUACAUUGUCAAACACUGGGUAUUUCACACCACUACUGGCUCAUUUUCUCUGGAUUUGAAUAGUAAGAGACCUCUCACACAGGAUUGAUCUUCUGCUAUUUCUAUUCUCUUCGAAAGAUCAUAGUUUCCAUUCAGUUGUUCGAGCUUACUUUCGCGUUGCCGCCAGCACCACCUGUGCCAUCAAACAAAUCUUCCGCUUCGUUCCACGAAUUACUCCCUGCAGUUCAUAAAACGUCGAAAUCACUUAAACCAUCGGUCCUUGAUUUCCUUCUUACAUCUCCAAGUAAUUUCUUGGACUUCGAUAUUUUGCGAAACUUGCGCGACGAAACAAGUCCUCAAAUUCCAGCAGUUACCCCUCAUAUCCACCACAAACAAAGUUCCCGCAGCGAUCCCACCAAUCUCCAUUCUCGCGGGCUGUACUGAGUCGCUUCGAUAUUUCUUGAGACGCGAUAUCUGAUCAGCGCAUCAGGAUAGUAGUGCGGAGAGGUCGAGUCAACCUCUCCGGACGUCCAUACUGAGGGUGAAAUUUUAGUCACCUCUCUGUAUCUGCCUCAAGAAUUACAGGUACCCAUUCGCAAGAAUUGGACUUGCUUGAUUGAGCGAAAGAGUCAUACUUUGUGUGAUACAAUUCAUAAUGUCAUCGGCAACACCGAAAUCCGACGGCACCCCUACCCCGCCUACAUUUUCAUAUGCGAUGGCCGCAAAAGGUCGCGUAACUUCAACUGCGAAUUCCGCUAUGCAAUCAAGCCAGGCAUCAGCUUCUGGUGUCAGCACACCUGCUAAGGAAUCGAAUUCCGUAUCGAAUACACCUUCAGCGUCGGUGAACGGGGCAGCAGGAUCUGAAAACGGAGAUAGAAAUACCAAUGGUUCCACCGAAGUUCCAAUUAAGAGCGAUCCGCUAGGAGUCGGAUCAAACACAGAUGCAAAUCCAACAUCACAAGUAAGCGCAGGCUCGAUUCCAGAAUCACCAAGUGUGGCUGCUACUCCAAAUGCAACAAUACCAAAGGAGGAGGAGCUCGCUUUGAAUGUAGCUGCGGAUGAUUCCGAGCAAGGAUGGGAGAAAGCUGGGCGAAAUAGAGAAGAAAAGCCUUCCCCGGAGGCGAUUGAGGGAAGAAAAUCCAAGAAGUCCAAGAAGCAAAAGAAGGACGACAAGGAGGCGGAAAAGGAGAAGGAGAAAGAGAAAGAUAAGGAAGAAGUGAAAGUGCCAGAGAUUCCUCUAGUACCAGCUCCGCCCCCGGCUGUAAAUUUCUGGGAGCAGCGCAAGGAGGCACAAGCCGCAAAGACAAAGUCGAGCCCAUCAAUAUCUCAAACAGCAAACUCCUCGGGCGAAACCUCAAGUUCCACUCCAACCUCAAAAGGUAUCGAAUCUAGACGAAAGGGAAAGGCUUCUGUUGAAGAUGAAAAGGCAUCGCAGACUGGCAAAGAUACUGCCUCAAAGCAGGGCCAAAAGAAAGGUCCAGAUAGUCUGACCAAGGGAAAGGAGGAUUCAACCAAACGACCUGCAAGAGGCAGUAGGAGCACUGAAGACAAAGACAGGAGUUCUACCAGUUCCUUACCCCCUCCAGUCGAGGACUCUUUGGCAUGGCCAACACCGGAAACUGCACUGGAAGAGGAGAAGCGGAAGCUCCAAGAGGAAGACAAAGUAAAGAAGGAUGAGAAGGAUGACAACCCAUCCAACAAACCAAGGACGAAGGAGAAGUGGGUCCCAGUACCAUACACUCCAUCAGUCACAUUCAAUACCCCGCUACCUGUUCGAGGUGGUCGGGGACGAGGUGGUGCUCGUGUAGGUCGUGAGGGUGGACGUACCAGUCAUGUACCAAAUGGUGCUGCUGGAGAGAAGUUGCCAGGAAGUGCGACUAAGCCUGCCGAGUCUGGCGAAGAAACCGAAAAACGUGGAGUCAGAUCAUCAUCACUUCCACCAAACUCGUCCAAGAGACUUUCAAGUGAAGACGAAGUCAGUCGUGAUGCACGCAAGCAUGCACCAAAUGCAGACAAACCAAAAGGAGGUGUCAACAAGAAUGAACCUGGAUCGCCAACUGACACUGGGCGAACUUUAAAUUCUACGCAAGCUGAUAAGGAUAACCAAAUCAGUCAGAAAGGACAAGGUGUUGGCGAAGGACAAUUCCCAGCAAGAUCUGGCUUUGGCGACCGCAGAAAUGAUGGCUCCGGAAGUUCUGAUUUCAAAAAUGGAAGCAAGGAUCAGAGAGCUGAGGGUAGAGCAGAGCGAGGCCGUGGAGGUUAUCGUGGCAGAGGCUCUCACAAUACUUUUGCCAAUGGCCAUGUUUUUGCCAACGGUCACAACACGAUUCCUUCUUACCAAGGGCGUCAAAACUCCACACCAUACAGUCCCCCACCUCAAGGACCGUUCAGCCACCAAUACGCACAAACUUCUUCCCGUGGCCGCGGCAGCUCGAGAUCACAAUCUAUUCCAAAUGUUGCCAUGUAUCCAAGAGGUGGCUAUACGAAUGGCAAUCAACAGAUGCCAGCUCUUCAAACCAUGUACGACUAUGCACCAAUGCAAACCAUGAGCGCUAUGCCAUAUGGUCCUUUCGACGGCCAGUCCGCUACUGUUUUGUCAAUGGUAAAAAUGCAAUUAGAGUAUUAUUUCUCGAUAGACAAUCUUUGCAAAGAUGUCUUCUUACGGAAACACAUGGACUCUCAAGGAUUCGUCUUCCUACACUUUGUGGCUGGGUUCAAGAGAAUCCAGUCUCUUACAUCGGAUAUUGAUAUGUUGAGAUACGCUUGUCAACAGUCUACCGAGAUUGAGAUAGUCAAGGGUGAGGAUGGUGUAGAUAGAAUUAGAAGACGCGAUGGUUGGGACCAGUGGGUUAUGCCAUCUGAGGAGAGAGAAGAGUCAAUGAAGCACAAUGAUGGGCCAACUACACUUAUUCGCGAUAACCAUGGACCACCAAGCCACAUGGGUCAAAUGAUGAUGCCAGGUCAAGAGGUAGGCUCGCCAGCCUUCAGCCCCGGUGGAAAUGACUUUAUGAGAUAUGGAAAUGGAGCUACCCAAGCGCCUUUGGUCAAUGGCAACAAUAACCACUAUCACGAAGAAACACCACUUUCAGCUGCCGUCCCCAACUUUACUCCUGGUCUGUUACCAUUAAACGGAGACACCGUCCCUUCGCCCGACCCUUUAGCACCAGAAACCACGUUCACUGAUGAACAGAUCGAGGAUCUUAAUUUGGUUUUUGCACAAUCUUCCCGCAAGACGAGCGAUCAAAAACCCGCCAGACACCCAUACCACAACUCAUCCUCAAGAACUUUUUCCAAUGGGUCAAUUGAUGGUAGGUCCAUUAACGAGGAGUUGUCUGAAGAGCGCCAAGGCCGACCCUUGGUCAAUGGGUCAAAUCCACAAGAGAGCUCUUUAGAAGGCAGCUUGAGGGCAAUUUCUCCCCAUUCAAACUACAGCAAUGCCCCAACAGUCAUGUGGGUCAAGGAUCAAAGACGACAAGCAGCGAUCUCCGAAUCCAACACCAUUGAAAAAUAUGCCAUCUUCCGUGAGAGAGCAACCAGACUCCGAGAAGCCAGCCAGCCUGGUGAAACUCACACUGACAUGGAGCUUCUUUACAAAUUCUGGGCCCACUUUUUGUGCAGAAAUUUCAACCCAGGCAUGUACUACGAGUUCCGCAAAUUGGCACUUGAGGAUAGCCAUAACAACGCCUCUACCGGAAUGGAACAAUUGAUUCUUUAUUACGAUGAAACUCUCAACAACAAAAAGAAAACUAUCAAUGAGGUUUUAGCCGGACACUAUGUUGAUGUUGUCAAGGGCGAUGAUUCUCCAAUCCAGCAAUCUGCAUUUGCAAAACUUCGAACUUCCUUGCGAAACGGUGCUCUCGAUUUGAAGAGCCGAAAGAGAAUCGACAAUCUACUCGAUGCUAAGUUGAAAGAACUACUCGAGCAAUAAAUUCCUUUCCUAAUCUUCUCGGUUUCUGUCUCGAUACCCCCCGUAGCUUGAAGUCAUGCUUGGCCACUGACUUCGAAGUUACACGCGCGGUCUGACAUCUAUGUUCUACCUAUAUUACCUUUUACCAAUUAGCCCCAUUUCUUCUGAAUCGCUUUAACGUGGCACGACUGUUCAUCGCUCCAAUUCUGCAACGUUGGCUUUCGCUCGUAUGACAUGUAGCGAUACAGAUAUUAUGAUCUGAACAACUUACGUUGACUGUAUUUACGAGUUUUGACAUGUGGUUUCUACGGCGUUUAAUAGGAGCUAUCAGAGGAUUGGAGAUCUCUGGGCAACUACAACUUGAGCUACGAAGCUUCAACCUUCCUUUUUUUCUCGGCAGAGUAUUGGGUGGGUAUGACGAAUGAUAUGGCUUUCUCCUUCAUUCAUGUUUUGCUUUUUACAUGUUCAUAUUCUGGCAUAGCCACGGCAUACUUUUUAGUUUCAUCACCACCAAAAGUCUUCGACAGACACGUUGUCAGUCGGGCGUAUUUGCUUUUUACGAGAAAAAUUUGGGUUUUUAUGCACGCGAUUAAUGGUUACAGAAAAUGGCUUUUACACUUUUGGCAUGCGCAUUCCGCAAAUACAAAUGACAUGUUGCAUCCUCUUCUUUUGAAUGAUAGGAGUGAGGUAAUCAACCCAUUGUUUGUUACAUAAGAUAGAAAAACACAAAAUUUGCUGCUACUUUGUACCA